GAGUGUCUUUGCGAUACAAGAAUAGUCGCGAUAGUUUCCCAUCUCUGUUCGUGUCACGGGCCAAGGGCUCGCCACAUCUAGAACAGCUGAUCGCUGGUCAAUAGUAGCGGCAACGGAAUAGGUGUUUUUUUUUGGAUCUGGAGACUAUUUCACAAUGAUCGGGCGGCUUGCCUAAUUGCACCUAUUCGACUAAAGCCUCACAACUGGAAAGCAAUUUAUCACAUAUCGCCGCUUUCCACAGCUUACCGAGGCUCCCACUGACACGUGCUCCGGCAAGAGUAACUGCGCUACUAUGGCCGAGAAUCAGCGUCCGGGCCAGGCCAAGGCCACGAUGACGGACCCCCGGUUUCGCAUCCGACCCUUACAGCAAGUGGCGUCCGCCUGUUCCGGUGCCAUGAUGACAGCCUGCUUCAUGACACCGCUGGACGUCAUCAAGACACGAAUGCAAGCACAGCAGCAGGCUCUGCUUUCAAACAAGUGCUUUCUAUAUUGUAACGGCCUCAUGGAUCACAUUUGUCCAUGCGGGCCGGACACACCCACUCCCGCUCGCUCAAAACCAGCUCCCCGCUUUUCUGGCACAAUUGAUGCAUUCAUUAAGAUCAGCCGUACCGAAGGCCUCGGAUCCCUCUGGUCUGGGCUGAGUCCGACGCUCAUCUCGGCGCUACCAUCCACCAUCAUAUACUUUGUGGCCUACGAGCAGUUCAAGGCCCGCUUCACAGACUUCCACUACAAGUACCUCAGUCAUCUAGACGCAGUUCGCCUGGAGACCGCGUCCGACAUUCCACUCCCGAUACCGAUGCUAGUUCCUAUGCUAGCGGGAGUUACCGCCCGCAUCCUGGCCGUGACUUGUGUCAGUCCCGUCGAGCUGAUCCGCACCAAGAUGCAGUCACAGCGCAUGACGCACGCCGAGAUGUUCGGCACUAUCCGCCAGGUGGUGCAAUCCCAGGGAAUUUUGGGUCUGUGGCGCGGCUUACCGCCAACAAUACUGCGCGACGUGCCCUUCUCUGGUAUCUACUGGACUUGCUACGAGUUCCUCAAGAGUACUUUCAACGUGGUGGAACCGACGUUCGGAUUCAGCUUUGCAGCGGGAGCUAUUUCUGGAUCGAUGGCCGCGACUAUUACCACACCAUUUGACGUUGUCAAAACUCACGAACAGAUUGAGUUUGGCGAGAAAUUCAUAUUCUCAGAUAAUCCUCCCAAGCAAGUGGCCACCCAAUCGGCGACGGCGCGCCUGGCCAGCAUUUACCGACUGGGCGGUGUUCCUGCUAUCUUUGCCGGACUGGGCCCUCGACUGUUCAAGGUGGCGCCCGCUUGCGCUAUCAUGAUUUCAUCGUUCGAGUACGGGAAAUCAUUCUUUUAUCACUACAAUAUCGACCAGCACAACCGACACAAUCCCACGGCCCAGGUGGGAACGGGAAUUCGCCCAAAAUUCGACUAGAGCCCGUGUCGUUAUCCACGUGAAUCGAUGUAAAUAUUGUAAAUUAAUGCCAAAGUAGCCAGGAAAUCGAAGGGCAGGCAUACUCGGCCUGGUUUUGGCGGCUCCGUCGCCAUUGUUAAAUUGUAUAGUGAAUAUAAAUUACUUGUUUUUCUCAGUUUGGAAACGGUAGUCCAACAAUCUGAUCAAUCCCCACCAAGAUUCCUCUAAAUUUCGGCAUUAAAUCAAGAAGAGGCUGGUACUGACAGUGCAUCAAUUAAUUUCCCGAUUUCAGAAUCAUGGCGGAACAGUCCCGGUAUCCCAUAUUCGCACAUAAAAAAUAACACUUUUGGUUACAAAAAUGUUACAAAAAUCUUUGUUAAAUAUGUUUCAAAAAUAUGAGAAAAAUACAUUUUUUUUAAAACACAAA